CAUCAACGCAGCUCUCUUCUCUUCUCCUUUGAGCUUUCUCUUCUCCUCUACAGCUCUCUCCAUCUCCAACCUCUCUCAAGCUCGCUCUCCAUCUCUUUCAAACUCUCGACCCUCUCUCCAUCUCGCACGAUCUCGAGUUCUCCAUCUCCAACCUCUCUCAAGCUCGCUCUCCAUCUCCAACGCAUCUCAAGCUCGCUCUCCACCUCUCGACCCUCUCUCCAUCAAGCUUCGUCUCGUCUCUCACACCAUCUCCAGAGCUCUCUCUCUCGAUCUCAAACCCAGGUGAGAGAAUGAACUGCAAACGGUACUUGACUGCGGAAGAGAUAGUUGAAGGGUCUUCGUAUUUGAAUCUCGCAUUUGUGGCACAGACUUUUCACGAAAGGAAUGGCCUUAGCACUGAUGGCAGGUUCUCCUUUGCGGAGAUGAUGACUGAGGAUACACAGAGUUGCAGAGAUGAAAGAUGUUACCGGCUAUGGAUUAAUAGCCUGGGGAUUGAUAGUUAUGUCAAUAAUGUGUUUGAAGAUGUCAGAAACGGAUGGAUUCUUCUUGAAGUUCUUGACAAGGUCUAUCCAGGCUCAGUUAACUGGAAGCAUGCUUCAAAACCACCAAUUAAGAUGCCGUUUAAGAAAGUAGAGAACUGCAAUCAAGUUGUGAGGAUUGGGAAAGAGAUGAUAUUGAAUGCUACAUACAUCGUCAGUGUAGCAAGAAAGCUCGGUUGCUCUGUUUUCUUGUUACCAGAAGAUAUCGUGGACGUAAAUCAAAAGAUGAUGUUGAUCUUAACGGCAAGUAUAACGUAUUGGAGUCUUCAGCAAAAGUCAUCAUCGUCAGAGAGUUCAAGUUCUGAUACAUCAUCGACGCAUAGCACAACCACGACGUGCACGAGCACUGAUGCUUCACCAGCUCCAUCUGUCACUGGGGAAGACGAUGUCUCUUCCUUAAACGAAGAAGUGUCGAGUCUAACCAUCGAAGAAGACAAUGACGCAGACAUCUUGUCUGAUGUCACCUCCGUCUCAGAGGAAGCAGCCAUUGAAUAGAACCACAAGACAUAUAUCUUGUGCUGGAACAUAGUUGUUUUGUCAUUAUUUCACAUCUCUCUGUCUGUGUUCAUAAUAAAAAUUAUAUUUGUUACCA